AUGGCGAUUCAACUCACAAUACUAUUCCUUUUGUGUGCAGUUUUGUCUGUGGUCGCCUCGAUCAGUGUGUUGAGAGUGUCAACAACUUAUGGAGAGAUCGAAGGUCUGACCAUGCCUUCCUACCCAAGCGUCUCCACGCAAUUUAUAUCUGUCAGCAAGUUUCUAGGCGUUCCUUUCGCCGCUCCACCGAUUGGAACACUUAGACUAAAACCUCCACAGCCACCAAAUUCGUGGGAGCCGAACAUUCGUCAAGCUAAAACCCAUGGAAAUAUCUGCUGGCAGGACACAACUUUUGAAUUUAUCUUCAACCCUUACGGAAGAAAUUACACGGUGAGUGAGGAUUGCCUGUAUCUCGACGUCUACACUCCAAACAUCAGCUUGAGUUUACCAGUGAUGGUUUACAUUCACGGCGGAGGCUAUGGAUCAGGUGCUGCGAUUGGGUAUCCUAGCGAGGUAUUGGCUCUUCAGGGAGUGGUGGUCGUUGUGAUUCAGUAUCGCCUGGGUCCAUUUGGCUUCCUGACGACUGGAGACUCAGCCGCACCUGGAAACUUUGGAAUGCUGGAUCAGGUGGAAGCGCUAAAGUGGGUUAAGGACAAUAUUGACAAAUUUGGAGGUAACGCUAACAAGGUGACUAUUUUUGGAGAAAGUGCUGGUGGAUCGAGCGUGACGCUUCACUUGUUAUCGCCUUUGUCCGAUGGCCUCUUUCAUCAAGUCAUUGCGGAGAGUGGCGUCGACGUGAGCCCCUGGGCAACACAGUCCGUUUCGUUUGGGGCUGGCUUCGCUAAAGAACUUGCUCAAAAACUGAACUGCCCAACGGAAAACCACAAAGAAAUGGUGGGUUGUAUACGCAAGAAGGACGCUGUAGACGUACAGAAAGCUUCUACUUCAUCCAGCUAUCGUUUGGUUGAUUAUCUUCAGUGGGCACCUGUUGUAGACAAAUUCUUUCUCCAUGACACACCUCAGAAUUUGCGAAAGAAGGGAAGUUUCAAGAAAACGCCGCUCAUGAUAAGUUUUAAUAGUAACGAGGCUGGAAUCAUUCUUGGUGGCAUGGCCAACUCUUUGAAGUUGAUGGGUAGUGUAGAACAAGGAGUCAACUCUUCCUUUUUUUGCACUUUCUUAUCAAGGCUUGCGCAUGCUCGUAACUUGGGCUACUCGUAAGUAUACUGUUUUUUUAUUAUCCGGGUUAGUUUUUUCUUUUUUAGCAUACAUAUCUGAUGAAUUAGAAGUCACAUAGACUUCCCACUAAACCACUGUUUUGAACGCAGAACUGAAGUUGCGAAAAUGAGGGAUGAAAAUUAAAACGGACCCUUACAAAGUCUAAAUUUCACAAAGCCUCCUUCCUUUCUCUCCCAAACUUUGAGCCUCUUCCUUAAGAAGCAUUGGAUGGUCAAGGCGCCAGUGUUUAUGUCAACCGAAAAUCAAGAGCAUUUUGUUUCAUAAUCUGCCCGAUGUAAAUGAAAGCUGCGAUAAGAGACAAUGAUGCUUUGAUAAACUCUUCGAGACAAAUUCUGACCAAAUCAGUGUAAUUACACACUAUAACUUUACUCUACCUCGAUAAGUGGCUCAAACAAGAUGAAAGUGCUUCUCCUUUCUAUCUCUUUUGUUGUUGUUGUUGCUGUUACAACUUUUUUAAUAUUCAUAAAAAAAGAUUUCGGCUGAUUUAUUCCUCAGAGAGAAGACCGCUGACGUUAUCGCAGACGCUUUAAAGUUCAUGUACACCCCAUGGCCGGAUAACAAUGAUAGAUAUGCACUGAGAAACCAGCUUGUCAACGUCAUCAGUGAUUACUUCUACUUCGCACCGAGUCACGAAGUCGCUGAUAUUCACAGCCGAUAUGCUUCAGUGUACAUGUACGAGUUCGCUCAUGAUACGAGGAUCACUAUUGGAGCUCCGUGGAUGGGUGUGGUCCAUCUUGACAAUGUUCCUUUUGACUUUGGUAUACCACUAUCACCGGACGGUUUCCGAUAUGACGCAGCUGAUAGGAAUGUCAGUCUGUUUAUUAUGGCCGUCUACGUAAACUUUGCUCGGACUGGUGAUCCAACACCACAGCCGGUCAAUGGUGUUACUUGGAGUGGCUACAACUCAAGCCACAGGGCUUACCUGCGAGUUGACCCAAAUCCCAGGAUGGGUUCAACGUUUUACCCGCUGCGUAUGGCCUUCUGGAAUCAUUAUCAUCCUAAACUGGUGCAGCUGAAGUUCGAACCCAAGAUAGUGGUCACUUUUACGGCAAACGGCGAGCGUCAAUUUGUGCCACUUGACCAAGUUUUUCCUUGACUUGUGGUUUACUGUUCAUUACUUAGCCUGUGUACAGACCCUUCACCCCUCCACUCAGUAAAAAAAAAUCGAUUUUUCUAAGGGGAGGGGAGGUCUCUCCACAGGCUAUUCAUUACUUUUACCAUAAAAUAAGUAAAUUCACGCUAGUUCUCUCUAUAAUGACUGUUUUGCCUUUUAGCGUCUCCGUAAAUCUCUCUAACUUUUGGCAACUUUGUCCAUUUAAAAUAGGCACGGCGUUCCUCACACUAACACUGGAAAAACAGGACCUUUUACAGAGAUAACUAGAUAUGUCUGUAAUUCUUAAACUUACAGAUUUUUUAUAAAGGUGGAAAUUUUCCCCUCUUUCUCACAGGGAAAACAAAAUGUCUGUAAAGUCAUUUUUGAAGACAUUUCAUUAAGCUGUUUUAAAUAUUUAUAUCGAGAAUGGUUAUGAAAAGUCUGUAUAGUUGAGGUCUCUCUCCCGAGAGCAGAUUGCUUUUCUUCUGUACUUACCACUGAGAAUGAAAAGCCUUCUUUCCUGGCUCCUUACAGGAGUAUAUGUUUUAUCAAUACGACAUUCUAAACUUUUUAGGAAGCUUUUGCUGUGAACACCUUCUGAUAGAUUAUUCAUAAAAUUAACAAAAGAAAGAAAACUGCCAUGACCAUAACUCUGCUUAAUGCCUAGAACGGUAGAACGAGUAUCGAGUUAACUUUUCGAAUUUUCAGGAGAAGCCUGCCGCCGCGGCGUUGUUUUAUCCAUUUUAAGUUAAUGUAUGUAAAACGAAAGGAGUAUUUUUAAAAAUGACACUCAAACAAGUUAUCGGUGAUUUUAAAAUCAAGGAAAUGGUUUAGGCAUGUUUUCUUUUUUGGCCAUGGCAUGGGCCAAGAAAAAUGUGCGUUCAAACAGAGGAUUCCCCUUCCCUCACUCCAUAGGCCAUAAUUUUUGUAAUCACGGUGGGUCCUAAAUUUCAACCUGUUUCUCGUGCCUGGACCCUUGAACCAAAAGUCCUCGUUUGGAACCAUGGCCUCAGUCUCUGAGCCGUGCAGGACCUUCGCAGGACAUUGCGGGAAUAUAGCAGAGAGCAUCUCGAACAUUUUCGCUGGUUUGGAAUACGUACCUCUAACCACACCCGGCGUAGCUAAUCGAAUUCAAUCGAACUUAAUUGAACUCAAUUUAUGGAUUGAGUUCGAUUGAUUCGGUAAUCGAACAUAAUCGAACAAGGAAAUUUUCUGUGAGUUCGAUUAACGAACUAAUCGAACUCAUCGAUCGAAUUAAUCGAACACAAUCGAACAGAAUCCAUGAAACACGUUCGAUUGCCGACUUGGCAAUUAGGAGAUUGGAUGCAAUUGAUCCGGGAAUUGAGCGCAAAUUCUGGUACAGCUACAAAAUCAUCCUUUCAAACACAAAAUGUUGACGUGCUUUUAAUUAUUGAGCAAAUCAAAGUGUCAACAGUAACAAUAACAACCUGACUAUUAAUCUUAUGAAAAGUAGGUACAGAAACAACCAAGGUUAAAACCAUCGGUGUUAUCAAUAAUAGCUUCAACUAGAACGGACCCGUCUUUAUCCCUAAUUUAUCUCUUGGAAAUUACUUCGUUCUCUGGUCAGGGUGAGAAGUGCUACGAUCUCAAUGCUUUACAACAUUUUGACAGCUCGAAGUGUGGUUCCAAAAUCACCGACAAAGAAGAAAGAGCGGUAUGGACGGUAUGUACACACCUGGCCAGUAUUCCAAGGCGUAUGGAACCCGGGAUGGAAGCAGCAAGACCCCAAGAGGAUGGGAAAGAAGCAAAUUCUGUUGUUAAAAAAUUCAUAGUUAACGUGCGUAAUGUUUUUUAGUGUUUCUUUAGGCGUCCAAUAUAAUGCGUGCAGCUCUUUUUUGCAUCCGUAAGACUCUUUCUGGCUAGCAAUUCCUUACUGCAAUUAAGACCCUGUUUACAUGGAGUGGGGGACCCCGGUCUAGUGGGGUAAGUUUCUUUUGUUUUGUGUCCCCCAGAGCGUGAAAACAAAAGAAACCAACCCCACUAGACCGGGGUCCCCCACUCCAUGUAAACAGGCCCUAAGAUGACCAGAUUGGACUGAGGUAAAACAUAACUGGCUUUAUAACAGCGAGACAGAAAAUAACUACGUGGCUUUGCGUGAGAUAAGGACUAAUAUGCCUCAAAAGUCCAAGUCGUUUUGAAAGUUUCUGAUAAUUUCUUCAGAGUUUCUGAUAAUUUCUUCCAACUCAACCUUUUGAAAUUUCUUCAGUAAUAGAUUGUGAUCGAUUACUUCAAAGGCUUUACGGAAAUCAACAUAUACUAGUCGCGUGACUUCAUCAUUAUCCAUUUUAAACAAAAUUCACCUUCGUGAUUCUGAUAUAAGUGCCGUUUCAGUGGAAUGACCAGAACGUAACGGAAGGCUGAUUGUAAUUCAUACAGCAAAUUGUUCUCUUGAAGACAUUUUAAUAGCGAAUUUGCUACAUUUUAGCGAAAAAAGAGUUACUUAAUCCCGUCACAGUGAUAUAAUAAACAAAGAUUCAAUUUACAUGCAGGAUAGGAAAAAAAACUUCUUACACACAACCUUUCGAUUCCUUCGCGGAAUCUCUAUAAUUUUGCUACAUGUUUUUCGAGGAUUUUAGAUGGGAUUGGCAGCAAUGAUAUGGGGCGAUAGUUGUUUCUUUCGCGUUGCUGACCACUUUUGUGCAGUUGUUUAACUUGGCCGAUUUUCCAUUUAUCAGGGAAAGUGUUAGUGCAAUGGAUAAGUUCAGUCAAUCAGGACAAGCGAGUUCAAGUCCGGCCCUCACCGCUAACUCGAGUCCAUGAUCUUUGAAAAAUAAUCGGCCAAGCUUUUAAAGGGGCUAAUAGUAUGUUGUUUCAUCUAAUUUGAUCUAAUUGAUGGUAAGAAGCGCGGUAAACAGUAUACGAGGGAGAGACCAGGUGAACAUUCAUCACGUCUAUUUACACGAUUACUCUUAGUGCUUUCUCGAUCCUCGCGCGAGCCUCCCGACAGAGUCACGGACUAUUGAAAGAGCAAAUGACACCACGUGUUGUAAAUAGAGGUGAUGAUUGGCUAUGAUCGUGCUUGACUUGGCGCUGGGCUCUCCGAUGUCGUAUGCAAUCAACGAGAUAAAUCAGGUUUUUAGAGCCGUUCAAGGGGUCAUUUAUUCGUCUGCAUUUCUUUAUGGUAUAAACCUGUUUUUUCAGACAGUUGUGAUAACAUCCACCAACCUGACUGAGGAAUCGUAAUCGGGCUUCUAGCCUCUUGACAUGACAGCAGCAAAUAAUUUCCUUUUAAGGAAAAAAACACAAGGAUAUCUAUUCAAGCUUGUUCACUUCUAAUUUUGUACUUCACAUAAUCACUAAUGCUUUUAGAAAGCUUCACCUCAACUCAGAGCAACUUGCACGCAACCUUCUUUUGACUUUGUUGUCUCACCGUUCAGCCGAUCAGGCUGUAAAAUGCACGUUUUGAAGCUUUUUUUAUUUGUUUGUGUGUUCCUUAUUUUCUUCUAGAGUUUUUCUGUGAAGGUCGUGAAUGUAUCUAAGUGCGCAAUAAUAUAAGAGAACUCGGUAUGACUCUUCAUUUCAGCACAUUUCAGUAAAUUUGUAGAAAAUUAUUCACUUGCUCAUGAUACCGUGACACGAAAAACAUAAAUAUAUACACUGUAUCACUGCAUAAAUUACAUAGAUAAUUAAUAUCACGUUUAUGCCAUAAAUAACAACAUACGUUCACUUUGUUGUAUGACGUACUCUCAUGUUUCGUGACUUUUACUCCGCCCCUGCGUGAAGAAUAUAAGCAGUGCACAGAAGUAUUUUUCAGAACGUAGCAUUUUCCUCGAGUAGAAGCAUGGCUGUUGUUCAACUAACGAAGUUGUUAAUAUUCUUUUCGUGUCUAUCUCUCGUCCCGGCCGUGACUGUGUCAACAAAAUAUGGAGAGAUCGAAGGUCUCAUAACCUCCUACCCGAAUGCUUCUGGUCAGUACAAAUCAAUAAGCAAGUUCUUGGGGGUUCCUUUCGCUGCUCCGCCGAUUGGAGAGCUAAGGUUUAAAGCCCCACAACAGCCGAAUGGAUGGAAAGGAGUUCGCCAAGCAAAGAAGCAUGGAGGCAUCUGUUGGCAGGGUCAAUUGCUUGACUUAUUUACGAAAAUAUUCGACCCCAAUUUCACGUACAGUGAAGAUUGCUUGUACCUCGAUAUUUACACCCCGAACGUCAAUUUGAGUUUGCCAGUGAUGGUUUACAUUCACGGUGGAGGUUACGAGUUUGGUACCGCAAUUACUUAUCCCGGCGAUCAUUUAGCCCUUCACGGAGUUGUAGUUGUAGCGAUAGAAUAUCGUCUUGGUCCAUUUGGAUUUUUGACAACCGGAGACUCCGUGUCCCCUGGAAAUUAUGGAAUGUUGGACCAGGUGGAGGCAAUGAAGUGGGUCAAAGAAAACAUCAAGAAUUUUGGCGGGAAUCCCGACAAGGUGACCAUCUUUGGAGCUAGCUCCGGCGGAACAAGCGUUAGUCUCCAUCUCCUGUCACCUCUAUCAAGAGAACUAUUCAACCAAGCCAUUGCAGAGAGCGGUGUUGAUCUGAGCCCUCAGGCAUUUCAGCCAACAUCCUUUGGUGUCCGUAACGCUAAGGAGCUUGCUCGGAUUUUGGACUGUCCUACGACAGACUACAGUGCAAUGGUUACCUGUCUGCGCAAGAAAGAAGCCCAGGACAUACUGAAAGCCUUAAAAUCAACGCGAUUUGAAAUCGUGGAUCCCACACAGUGGGGUCCGGUGGUUGACAAAAACUUCCUUCAUGACACGCCCCAGAAACUGCGAGCGACAGGAAACUUUAAGAAUGCGACUUUCAUGAUCAGCUUUAACAGUAACGAAGGCGGAGGAGCUUUGGGGAUAAUGGUGAACAUGUCUUAUAUGGGAAUCAUGGAGAGUGUGGACAAUGGAGUGAGUCCGGAUUUCUUCAAAACGUUUCUCAAGAAGUACGCCUAUGUUCGGCACAGCAGGUUAGUAAAAUUAACAUGUCUAUGAUUCAGGGCCGUAGCUUCCUAAAACAAUUAUUCAGUUUAACGUGGUUGAGAGAGCAUAUCCCUGGAUGAAGGAGAUAUUUUUUGAAGAAACAUUUUAUGAAAAAUGCUGAAAAUAGAUUUUCAUCAGAGACUCCAGAUUUCAAGCUUUUCUUGUCGGUGUGGGGGGUGUGGGCAUGCCCUCAGACCACCCUAGUGGAUGGUGCCUUUGGCGGUUACAGAUCUUUCGAUUUGUUUGGGUCGGCUUUCGUUUUUUGACAGAAUGUUUAGGGGCAUUAGAAACUUCAUGGCACCUUUAGUAGUCUUUUCUACUCAGUCAUUAAAUAAAAAUAACUUUUGGCAAACUUAGUGAUCAAGUACAAUGAAAACCUUACAAAACACUUAAUAUGCUUUCGUCCUUUUUCAGUAAAAAGACAGCCGAUGUCGUCGCGGACGCCAUGGAAUUCAUGUACACCCCAUGGCCUGACACCAGUAAUAGGUAUGCACUGAGAAGCCAGCUUGUUGACCUAAUCAGUGAUUACUACUACUUUGCUCCCAGUCACAAAGUAGCCACUAUCCACAGUCAAGUUGCCCCGGUUUACAUGUACGAGUUUGCUCACAGAUCAAAGUUCAGUUUCACACCCGAGUGGAUUGGUGUCGACCAUGGCGUUAACGCAGCAUAUGAUUUUGGAUACCCUCUGGUACCUAUAUGGCCCUUCCAAGACAGCCAAGCUGACAAGAAUGUCAGCUUGUUCAUCAUGGCGGCGUACGCUAACUUCGCCAGGACUGGCAAUCCGACAGCGCAGCUGGUCAGCGGUAUUGAUUGGGCGAAGUUUAACUCCACUCACAGAGCGUACUUACAAGUUAGCGUAAAUCCAAGUAUGGAAUCGUCAUUUAAUCCUCGUCGAAUGUCUUUCUGGAACGAUUACUAUCCUAAGCUGCUGCAGCUGAACUUUAGUACCAAAGAAGACGUGGUCAGCGGUGUACAUCGCGUUACCAUGGAAGCUCUUGCCCAGAUUGUAUGCUUCCUUAUUUUGAUAGUAUUGUAA